UAUUGGUUGAGAGAGCCAAAUCAAGAAAGAUCCCAUAAUGAUUUCCAUUCCCACAGCCUCACUUGCUUCAUUUAGCCAAAGAGAAGAAAUGGUUGACCGUGCAGACAAGGUUCUUAUAAGAGAAUAUAAUGAAAAGCAAGAUGCUAAAAUGGUGAGAAAGCUAGAGAGGAACUGUGACAUAGGGACUAAGAAGGUGGUCUCCAUUUUAUCCAGCAUCACGGAUGACCCUUUAUUUAGGAUUAGGUUUUUCCCCCUUCAUGUUAUGCUGGUAGCUGAGCUUCUUGAGAGCAGGGAGCUUGUUGGAGUGAUUCGGGGAAUCAUUAAGAAUGUGGGGACUCUUUCUGGGUCAUUCUUGAAGAUGGGUUGCAUCUUAGGCCUCAGAGUCUCUCCUACUUAUAGGAGAAAGGGGGUUGCACUAAGACUUGUCACUGCAAUUGAAGAAUGGAUGGUGAGAAAUGGAGCUGAGUAUGCAUUCCUCGCAACAGAAAAGAGCAACGAUGCAUCUAAAAACCUAUUUACUAUCAAAUGCAACUAUGUGAAUCUAAGUUCACUUGUCAUAUUUGUCCAACCAACUAGUUCCCUCACAAAGCAAAUUUCCAAGGAUAUAAAAAUAGAGAAAGUGAACAUAGAUCUAGCAAUUUCGUUAUAUAGAAGAACCUUGAGGACCAAAGAUUUGUAUCCAUUAGACAUGGAUGUUAUUCUAAAAGAAAAGCUAAGCCUUGGCACAUGGGUGAGCUAUUACAAAGAAGAGGGAUUGCUCAACUUGUUGAGCAAAGUAAACAAUGAAGAUCUUAUUAUUAGCAAUGAAACCUCAAGCUCAUGGGUUAUUUUUAGCAUAUGGAACACUUGUGAAGCUUAUAAGCCUCAUCAAGUUAGAAAGUCUCAACUACUAAAGUUUCUUCUUGCAACCUUGAAUCAUGCAAAAGAGAAAGUUUUCCCUUGUCUCAAAAUGUCGGUGAGUGACUCACUUUGUAGGUCUUUUGGGUUUCUCUUCCUCUAUGGAAUCCAUGGAGAGGGAGAGAAUCUUGGACAACUCAUUGAAUCAAUGUGGAGGUUCACAUCAAGAGUGGGAGAAGGUAUGAGGGAUUGUAGAGUGGUUAUAGCUGAGUUAGGGUUUGGUGAUCCACUUGCCAACCAUGUUCCUCAAACAACUUCUAUGUCAUGCAUCGAUGAUCUGUGGUACACAAAGAAGCUUUCAAGCCAUGGUGAUGAAAAUGUUGGUUUGAUAAAAGAACAAAUGGGAAAUGUGUUUGUUGACCCUAGAGAUUUUUAAGUUGACCUAAAUUGGCAUCUAUGUGAUCUUUGUCUGAUGUAAAAUAUGUUAUUUUAAUCAACAAACAAUUAGUUACAUUUAGUUAGUA